AUGGAUUAUGAUGAUUUAUUUCGCAUAUUACCUAAGCCCCCUAAAAAAUGGACAACCUAAGAAGUUCUAGUCUGGUUAAAAUAUAUCGGAUAUAGUUAAUUAGAUACUUAUUUUGGUAAGAAUAUAAAUAAGAACAUAGUAAAUGAAUGUGUCGAUGGUUCAUGUUUGGAAAUCUUAACAGAUUAAGAUCUAUUAGAUAUAGGAAUCUCAUCUCCAUUAUAAAGGAAGAAACUUUUGCAAUGUAAGAGUUUUCUUAAAUUGCAUAUAGGGAUUCAAAUUGGAUUGAAAGAAUUUACAAAUUAUUGUAAAUCCCAUACAAGAAGCGAAGUUACUCCUCAAGUAGUUCAAAAUUUCAUGGAAGUUCAAUAAAUUCCAUCGCCAAGGGUGGAAAUACCACAAUAAGAUAGGUUACUUUUGAAAAUCAUUCAAGAUAGAAUAUUAUAAUCCAGACAUGAAUAUGACAUCGAAAUAGAUGAGAAAACAACCAUGGGGUAGAUCCCGAUAGAGCCACUUCCAUCACCAGGAAGGAGACAAAAACAGUAAUUCAUCUUGCCUGCACCAAAAUCUCAAUCGAAAAUAACAGAGGAAGACUUAGCAAGAUAAGUGUAAUAAAGCAAUAAAAAAAACAUAUUUGCUGAAUUAUAAAUUUAACAAAUUUAAAAGCCAAUUUUAUUGAGUCCUCAGAAAAAAUAACAAUUACAAGAAUCUAAUUAUCAUCUACCUUAAUUUGGUACUCCUAGAUUUGAUAGAUAAGAAAAGAAAGACUCAGAGGAAAUUCAGUAAAAUAAUUAAUAACAAUAAGAAUUAUAACAAUAAUAAUAACAAUAACAAUAACAAUAACAAUAAUAACAUUUAAUUUAAUCACCAAAUACAUAAAAAAAUAAUUAAUUAAACAUUAAAAUAAAAAAAGAAGGUUUAGCAACCAUAAACAAGUUAAUUACUAAAAAUGCUACAAUAGGAAGAAAUCCAGAAAAUGACAUUUAGUUAGAUCAUGAAUCUGUAAGUAGAACUCAUGUUUGGCUCACUUUUAAAGAAAAAUAGUUUUACUUAUAAGAUAGAGGGAGCUUAAUAGGAACAUUCAUUCUAUUAGAGACAAAAACAUAAAUAGUGUAAGGAUAUAUCAUCUAAAUGGGAGCUACUGAAGUAGUUAUAUAAAGUCUUCAGCAAAAUGGUCCACAAUGUCAUAUUGUCUUAGCAUCUCAAAUGGGAUCAGUCUAAUUUACUUUACAGAUUGGGAAAUCAAAAAUGAUAGGAUCAUAAACCUUUGGGGAUUAAACCAUGGCAUUCGAUCAUGCUUUGUUAGAAUUUACUAGUGAGGGUGUCAGUAUAGAGGAUUAAAAAACAUCUAGUGGAACUUGGAUGAGACUAAGUAAAUCUGGGAUCUAAUCUUAGAGUGUGGCUCUGUGUAGAAGGAGAGUCAUAAAAAUAGCAGAAUACAUACUAAUAAUAGAUCCAGAAUGA